CAUGUAGUGUGUGUGUUGAACAUUCGAAUGAUGUUAGCCUAGAAAUUGAAAUUUCAAAAUCAAAACAGAAAAUAUUUCUCAAUUGAAUUUAUUAAAAAAGUGUUGAAAUAUUUUUAUUGGCCCUCCAUCAAAAUGACUUUGAUCAAUUUUGCAUUGCGUCAAGGCGGCUUGAGGUCGUUCGGUGUAAUAAACACCCAGAUGAGAAGAUAUUCAUCUGGUGCGGUUAAACCGUUGGAGAAAAUUCGAAACAUUGGUAUUUCGGCGCAUAUUGAUUCCGGAAAAACGACAUUGACCGAACGUAUUCUCUUCUAUACUGGACGAAUCGCCCAGAUGCAUGAAGUCAAAGGCAAGGAUAAUGUCGGUGCUCUAAUGGAUUCAAUGGAAUUAGAGCGACAAAGAGGAAUCACCAUUCAAUCAGCUGCCACUUACACAGAUUGGAAGGAUAUUAACAUCAAUAUCAUUGAUACACCGGGUCACGUCGAUUUUACUGUUGAAGUUGAACGUGCGUUGCGUGUACUUGAUGGUGCUAUUUUGGUGUUAUGUGCCGUGGGUGGUGUUCAAUCACAAACACUAACUGUCAAUCGUCAAAUGAAACGAUACGAUGUUCCAUGUCUUGCUUUUAUCAAUAAACUUGAUCGAUUGAGCGCCGACCCAUUUCGUGUGGUCCAUCAAUUGCGAUCCAAACUUGGCCAUAACGCUGCGUUUAUUCAAUUGCCAAUUGGUUUGGAGAAAGAUUGCAAGGGAAUUAUUGAUUUGAUUGAAGAAAAAGCCUUGUAUUUCGAAGGUGAAUGCGGUUUAGAUAUUCGAAAAGACGAAAUUCCGGAUGACAUGAAAGAUGAAUGCAAAACAAAACGCGCCGAACUCAUUGAAAUAUUGGCGAAUGUCGAUGAAGUUUUAGGCGAUAUGUUUCUGGAAGAGAAAACUAUCACUAUUCCAGAUAUUAAGGCGGCCAUUCGAAGAUCGUGUUUGAAACGAAAAUUCACACCGGUCAUGGUUGGAACAGCGUUGAAAAAUAAAGGUGUUCAACCACUACUCGAUGCUGUUGUUGAGUAUUUGCCACAUCCUGGAGAGGUAUCAAAUAUUGCUUUGGUCGAAAAAGAAGGCAGUGAAACGCAAAAAAUAAUGCUUGAUCCUGCACGCUCUGAUGAAAAGCCGUUCGUGGGAUUGGCAUUUAAGCUUGAAGCUGGACGUUUUGGACAACUUACUUAUAUGAGAUGCUACCAAGGAACAUUGAAAAAGAAGGAUAACAUUUAUAAUACACGCAGCAAACGAAAGAUAAAAGCUGGACGAUUGGUACGAAUGCAUUCAAGUCAAAUGGAGGAUGUUGAAGAAGUGCAUGCCGGUGAUAUCUUUGCAAUGUUUGGGGUGGAUUGCGCUAGCGGGGACACCUUUGUUUGCGACCAAAAGUUGGAUAUCUCAAUGGAGUCUAUGUUUGUGCCAGAACCGGUGGUUUCUAUGUCUAUUUCACCCAAAGAGCAAAAAGAUCGUGAACGUUUUGGAAAAGCCAUUGAUCGAUUUACACGUGAAGAUCCAACAUUCCAAUAUUAUUACAAUCCCGAGAGCAGAGAAUCAAUUGUAAGCGGCAUGGGAGAGUUGCAUCUGGAAAUCUAUGCCCAACGAAUGGAACGUGAAUACAAUUGUGCCGUAACAUUGGGCAAACCAAAGGUUGCCUUCAGAGAAACCCUUAUGGAACCAUGCAACUUUGAUUAUUUGCAUAAGAAACAGAGUGGUGGUCAAGGGCAGUAUGCUCGUGUAACUGGAGCUAUCGUACCAUUGGACCCACAUGAGAAUACACAACUUAAAUUUUCGGAUAAAACUGUGGGUACAAAUGUACCGAAGCAAUUUGUGCCAGGCGUUAAACGCGGAUUUUUGGAUAUGUGCGAAAAGGGUCUUCUAACUGGAAAUAAAAUUGCUGGCAUUGAGUUUACAUUGAUUGACGGUGCACAUCAUAUUGUUGAUUCAUCUGAAUUUGCAUUCUAUCUUGCGGCCCAAGGUGCUGUACGUGAUGUUUUUGAUUUUGGCAAGUGGCGUAUUAUUGAGCCAAUUAUGAAUGUGGAAAUUGUGGCACCGGUUGAGUUCCAAGGCACAGUAUUGAGCGGCAUUUCGAAACGCAGUGGAAUCAUGACCAGCCGUGAACAAACCGAAGGCUGGUUUACAGUCAAUGCCGAAGUCCCCUUAAACAGAAUGUUUGGCUAUGCUUCUGAAUUACGCUCUCAAACUCAAGGCAAAGGUGAAUUUAGCAUGGAAUAUGCACGUUAUGCACCAUGUACGGCAGACCUACAAGAACAACUAAUUAUGGAUUACCAAAGAUCUCUGGGCAAUAUUCCAGAUGCUGACAAAAAGAAAAAGAAAAAUAAAUAAAUCUUCAAUGUAAUUUUAUUUGUACAAAAUGUUUUCGAAAAUAGCAAUUAUUUUAAAUGUUUAUAUCAAUCA